GAAAAUAUUAUAAUAUUAAGUAUUAUUUUGAGACUAAAUACCAAAAAAGAAAGAAACAAUGUUGAGACGUGGUGCUUAAAAAGAUAAAGUCAAAACGUACAUCGCCAAACAUUUGAAAAAAGUGACCAACUAGUGGACCAAUUCUUCUUCUUUUUGCUUUCUUUAGAGUCAAGAAACUAAAUAAAAAAAAGUAACCCAUACCGCCAUAAGAAUAUUUAUAUAUAUAAGAAAGAUACAAGAGUUUAGUUUGGUAGUAGAAAGAAAAUGAAAGCAGUGGUGAGCAAGUUGCAUUGUUCCUCGAUGGAGGAGGUGAUGGUGGUGAGACGGCGGCCACACGUGGUUAACGGCGGUGGCUUCGUGGUGACAGAUUGCAAAGAAAAUAUCGUUUUCAAGAUCGACGGUUGUGGAGUUCUUGGUACCAAAGGAGAGUUAGUUCUCAGAGAUGGUGAUGGCAACGAUUUGCUUCUCAUCAACAAAAAGGGAGGAAUGGUGCAGGCUUUGAGCAUUCAUAACAAGUGGAAAGGUUAUAGUUACGACUACCAAGGGAGUCCUAAACCGGUUUUCUCAUUGAGGGAUCCUAAACACUCUUGCUUCUCCAUAAUCGGUUCAAUCCGCAUCUCGGUCCAACCGGGGAAUUGCUACUUUGAUGUUAAAGGAUAUUUCCCGGAUAGGGAUUGUGGCAUCAUUGAUUCCACCGGAAAUGUCAUUGCUCAAGUAAAAGAAUGGAUUGGUAGCAGAGACAUAUAUAAGGUGGUGAUAAAACCAAGUGUGGAUAAAGCUUUUGUUUUUGGAGUUAUCGCGGUACUCGACUAUAUCUAUGGUGAAUCUACAAGUUGUUGAUCCGUUCAUCACUUCACAUUUCUCUUUGCUAGACUCAGAGUGUGUAUGUUGUUCCUUGUAAAGUUUAGAGACUCGAUGUUGUUUUAAUGUAAUAAUUAAUCAAUUAAUAAAUUAACUAUGUAACUGUUGUAUAUU